AUUUUCUGGCUAAUCUUGCAAAGCAUUGACAUGGGAUGCACCGUGCAAUCCAGCCGACAUGGCGUAGGAUGCCCUGAGGAUUCGUGCUUUUGCACUGACUGCGACCUUUGCAAAAUCUAUUUGGAUGAACGGCAUUGGCAGGAGUUUAGCUGCCAGAUGUUGGGGUUGCCGUUGAACCGGUGCCGGCUCACCUUGCUUGCAAACGCUGGCUGGCUGGUUGCAACAUCCAAAUUGGGCUGGCAGACCUUUCGAAAAUGUGGGAGGGAUCCCGGGCAGCUGUUGCUGGUGGUCGUCCCAUGUGUUCUUAGUGCAACCUCCGCCGUUCCGCUGUGGCAAAUUUAUGUGUCACUAAGCUGGAAGGUCUUCACAGUUGCCGUGAUGUACAAUGUCAUCAAUACCUGCUUACUGGCUUCCUCCAUGUCCAUUGUACUGCGAUUGGCUUCACUUCAGCAAAAGCAAAGAUGUUGUGGGCGAGCCUUCGACAUGUUGUCCAGGCAGUUUUUGCGAAGCUUCCUGCCAGCUGCAAUGCUUGGCGAAUUCUGCGUCAUGCUUCUGACAAAGUCGACUAAAUCAUUUGAAGAGUUCUUCGAACAGGAAAACAAGUUUUACUUGUUGUAUUUGAUGCUUGGUUUGCUCUUGUCGUGGAUUGCCUGGAGACUGGUCUGUGGAAUUUCUGCGAAAUACAACCGUGAUCUUCGCUUGAAGAUGAAACGAGUUGUUUGGUACCUUCUAAUAGGGAAGAUAGUUUGGUCAGUAUUUCGCUGCCUGCAUUGGCUAGGAAUCUGCCACCAUUUUACUACACUGACUAGCAAGUACAACCUGGUGAUUGUCCAGAUGGAACGCCUAGCACUUCUCUGGCUCCUAUGUUUGAUCAGAGACUUCACAGUGCAUUACACCCAACUGAAUGAACUCCCAUCCCGGUUGGGCAUCCGCGACCUAAAUGACUAAGCUUUUAGUGCAGGCCAUGCCGGCUAGCCCGUGCAAAGCUGGGACCGUCCUUUGCUGGGUUCAAA